CAUCCUAUCAAUGUGCCGGGCUGAUACAACGUCAGUUUGCCGGACUCACAGCCUCUCCCAGUCCCAUCCCGCUCAUUCACUGGGAAGCACAAAGCUCCAGGUGUUGUACCCGCCGCUCAGCGCAAUGGAGGGGCAGGGAGAGGCGCACUGAGCGCUGGGAAUGGCAACUCUGAACAGAAAGGAUCCGCGUCCAGCCGACAUUGUGACAUCGCUGCUUGUAGGAUCGGCAGUGGCGCUGAGGGGCUGACAUGACUGCAGUGCUCCCUGGAAGCUUGUAGUUAUGCGGAAAGACACAGGCUGCUCCGCUCCCUCUCGGGCUCAAGGUUACCUGCCGCUGCCGCAAGACUUGCGUCUAUAAAAGCGACUGACCGACAGACUCCCCCCCCCAUCAUCAUCUCGCCUUGGUUUUGCCUGGUGGAUGUGGAUGCAUGAGUUCUGCACCGAAUGGGCGCAAGAUCCGCCCCAGGUCACAGGGAUCGCGCUUCCAGAUCAGCCACAAAGCGCUCCCCAGAGACUGUGAGCGCAAGGGGAGCGCAGAUAGCGCCCUCACACCCCAGAGAACCCUGGAGCACUGCAAGAUGCUUGUCCAGGACUUCAACACCCAGGUGGCUCUGUUCCGCGAGCUGGUCAUUUCCAUUGGGGACGUGUCCAUGAACUCCCCCUCCCUGCGGGCUGAAAUGCACAAAAUUCGAACCAAAGGCUGUGAGAUGGCGCUCCAUGCUCACCAAAAACUCUCGGCAAUCUCCGGACCAGAAGAUGGAGAGAUCCACCCAGAGAUCUGCAGACUUUACAUCCAGCUGCAGUGCUGCCUAGAGAUGUACACCACGGAAAUGCUGAAAUCCAUGUGCCUGUUAGGGUCUCUUCAGCAUCAGCGGAAAGGGAAGGAACCCUGUGUAGGCCCCAGGAUUAUAGAUUACAAACCUGAAGAAAGUUCAGAUAUUCCAAUUUUAGAAGACACCUCCUCAUCACUAACAGAUAUGCAGCAGCACUGCUGGCAGGUUUCCACAGAUAUUGAAAAUACAGAAAGAGAUAUGCGAGAAAUGAAAAACCUUCUAAGCAAACUCAGGGAGACCAUGCCACUGCCAUUAAAAAAUCAAGAUGAUAGUAGCCUCCUAAAUUUAACACCAUUUCCACUGGUGAGAAGAAGGAAGAGAAGAUUCUUUGGAUUGUGUUGCCUCGUCUCAAGCUAAACCCAUGGAAGCCAUUCUUUUAACAAAAACAUCCAUAAACUGACCUAAUCCUUCAUGGAAGGUUAUCCAUAGUUCUAUGUUGCCUACAUUGCCUUAGAGCAAAUCUGGUACUGUUACUUUGAGAUUAUUGGCAUCAGUGUACAAGAACAAGACUGACUUAUGACUCAAGCAUCAACUUAAAAAGCAUUACUAACAAUAUUAGCAUGCUGUAAAAAAAACAAAUACCUGUUCUUGAGUAUAAGAGAUAACAGGGGCACUGGAUUUUCACUGCUCAAGUUUUCUUAACGUUCUCGCCAGAGAAGAAUUCUUCCGAAACAUCAGCAUCGGAGGCAAAAUAUGCAAAAUGCUUUGUUGAUAUUUAAGUGUUGUACUAUAGGAAUACCACUUCAGCAGCAUCGCAACAAAGUCUGGACAUGAAACACAGAGUAAGAAAUUAUAGUUUACAUAUUGUCUAAUGUGAACUAGGGCCAUGAACUAACACCAAUGACAUUCCUUUAUUUUGUAUCUUCAUAUUAUUUUGUACCAUUCAUAUUCAGUCUUCCACAACACAACAGAAUUUUGUUUCUGAGACCUCAGCCAAGUUUGUUAAGCAGUGACUAUGUAAUAAAAUGUAUGGCUUGUACAUAUGUUGUAGACAUGAUGAUGACCAUCAGUAUUUUCACUGACCUCCAAAUAGUGUGAUUUUCACAAUUUUGCGAACAUAAUAUAGUAAUGUAUGUAUGAAACUAUACUAUACAUUUUUCCCUAAGGUGUAUCCUUAAACAUAGUAAGACCAAUUCUAUCAUGUAUUACCACGGAAAGUUGAAGCAUGGUGUCUACACGUUGACAUGUUGUUAAAAAUAAUAAGGCAUGAAAUUAGUUCAGAUUGUAAUAUAUUCCAUAUUUUACAUUGUUAAUAAAAUGUUUUAGUUAA